GUGCCCUGUCAUUUGCGUGGAAACGAGCAGAUAAGCCUGCUACUUCUCUCUUCUUUGUUUUCUACCUACUCAAUCUCCAUUCAAACUAGUUUUCAUCAUAACUUGCUAGCUCCCUCCUCAUUCUCCAAUGGCUUAUGCUUUGUACUUGGCACCUUCAAGUUCCUUGAAAAUCACCCCAGAACCAGGCAACCAUAGCGCUACUCAAAAGCUGGUUCGAAUGGAUAAGCUGCUGCAAAUUUCUCCUGCCGCUAGAUUUAACCAGCUCAAAGCUAAGGCUGAGAAAAGCAAUGAAAGCGUAAAACCUAACAGCAUGAUUUGCCCUGAUUGUGAUGCAAAUGGUGCAGUUCUGUGCUCACAGUGCAAAGGUAGUGGAGUGAACUCUGUUGAUCUCUUCGGUGGACGGUUUAAAGCCGGUGACUCGUGCUGGCUCUGCGGUGGAAGAAAAGAGAUGUUGUGCGGAAAUUGCAACGGAGCUGGGUUUCUCGGAGGUUUCAUGAGUACUUCCGAUAGUACGGCCGAAUGAUG